CCUUCCUCAAGUCCACAACAUCGUGGGGUUAGUCGGUGUCUGGACACUUGGGUCGUGACCUGUCGUGACUACGUCUGAGUACAAUGUCGUUGCUGGUCCUGUUGGUGGUCGCCGUGGUGGCCGUGUUCCCGUCAGAUGCUGCUGAUGGUCUCGACACUGAUGUCCUCAUCGACCGACUGUUGGACCUCCAAGAUGGCUUUCUCGAAGGAGAGGAGGCGGCAGUGAUGAUGGAUCCAGAGGUCUGGAAUGUGGAAGACGAAGGACAGACUUUUCAAAAUCCAGAGAUACAGGCGUCCAAUGGCUGCCAGUGUGGGUCAGGGUUCAUGGCCUGCAGCUGCUGCACCCACAUCAACAUCCCCAAGACAAGUUACAAGUUUGACGUUUGUGGCAACCUGUCCUAUGACAACGUGUCUACUGGCGUCCUUCUGACUCUAACGGUGGGCGGCAAAACAAUUUUUCAGCGCCUGAUCACGUUCAAUGGCCCGAAAGAAUAUUGCCUCAGCAUACCCGGAGUCCCACUUGUCAAGCUGUGCCUCGACUUUUGCGACUUACAGCUGAACGGCACUUACAUCCGGGGCUGUUUCUAUAUUCGGGCCAUACUGAUGGGUGCAGAAGUGCUCAAAGUAAGACUCGGGUGCUUUCAACUGCGCUACUCCACCCAGACCUUGAGCGAAGACGUGGCGCCCUCAGUCGUGAAGCUGCUGGCCGGCCGACAGACUACCUCAAGACAUGGCGGGUGGCCUGUGGCAGCAAGGGGAGCCAACUCUUACCUCCAGUUCAGACCUGACGUCUCGCAUGACGUCACGUCACUGUUGAUGUUGGUGUUGCGACCAGCGCGGGAUGCUGGCGCCCUCUAGGGAUCCAUGGGUGCUGCUGGCGCCCUCUAGGGAUCCAUGGGAGGCAAAUGCGAGCGUACCAUGCCACUGUGACCCCAUGGCCUUGCUUACUCUCCUUUCUCUCGCUCUGGCAUCGCUAGCUGCAGGGUCACUGCUCACUGUGGGCAUCUCGAUGCUCUUUUAUCGAUGACAGACGAUUCACGCUUGUCAUCUGUCGAUGAUCUGUGCACCUAUUCUCGUGACACAAUCACAACUUGCCCACCGGUGCCUUAUCGGCUUUGAAUGACUACUUUAUCGAAGCUUGCGCGAAGCAUUGGGCUUUGACUAUUUGCCUUCAGAGCAGACUACUCUCCUGCUGAACUGAUGCUUGCUCGAGUGCUGUCCCCUUACAGACACAGUUACAGGAAAACUAAAUGAACUGUACACGAAAAGAACAACCUGGCAACAUCUCAUGGUUGAAGUUUCUAGUUAUUUUCUGUAUUUGCUUCCUACAUUCUGACCAGUCCAUCCGAGGCUUCUGCUCGUUUAACUCUGUCAUUAUCGAACUAAUUAACCUAAUUAACCACAAAUGGACAGUCAGGGCGUGAAGUCAUUCUGUAAGCUGUUGCUGGUAUAAUUGGAGAUGGACUUAUACAAUUGUCUCUACAUGACAAAACAUAUAUAACUUAUACAAUUGUCUCUACAUGACAAAACACAAGAUAUCUUUCUCUCAUUACAUAACACAUGCUGUUGUUACUAUGUUUGCGGCAGUCAUUAAAUAAUACUUCUCUUGUU